AUGUCGACCGACCCUCAGCAGGAUGCCAACAUCGCCGUCUGGAAGAUGAAGAAGCUCGUCCAGAGCUUGCAGGCCGCCCGUGGUGCAGGAACGAGCAUGAUCUCGCUCAUCGCUCCGCCUCGGUCCCAGAUCUCGCAGCUCCAGUCGAUGCUCACGCAAGAGUACGGCACGGCGUCCAACAUCAAGUCGCGCGUCAACCGUCUCUCGGUCCUCGCCGCCAUCACGUCCACCCAGCAGCGCCUCAAGCUCUACCCCAAGACGCCCCCGAACGGCCUCAUCAUCUACUGCGGCACAAUCCUGACCGACGAGGGCAAGGAGAAGAAGGUCAACAUCGACUUUGAGCCGUUCAAGCCGAUCAACACGUCGCUGUACCUGUGCGACAACAAGUUCCACACCGAGGCGCUCUCGGAGCUGCUCGAGUCGGACGCCAAGUUUGGCUUCAUCGUCAUGGACGGCAACGGUGCCCUGUUCGGCAACCUGGCCGGCAACGCGCGCGAGGUCAUCCACAAGUUCUCGGUCGACCUGCCCAAGAAGCACGGCCGCGGUGGCCAGUCGGCGCUGCGUUUCGCCCGCCUGCGCAUGGAGAAGCGCCACAACUACGUCCGCAAGGUGGCCGAGCUCGCCGUGCAGCACUUUAUCACGGACGACAAGGUCAACGUCCAGGGCCUCGUCCUCGCCGGUAGCGCCGACUUCAAGACGGAGCUCAACCAGAGCGACCUGUUUGACCAGCGCCUCGUCGCAAAGGUCAUCAAGAUCGUCGACGUCAGCUACGGCGGCGAGAACGGCUUCAACCAGGCCAUCGAGCUCGCCGCAGAGUCGCUCAGCAACGUCAAGUUUGUCCAGGAGAAGAAGCUCAUCCAGCGCUACUUUGACGAGAUCUCGCACGACUCGGGCAAGUACUGCUUCGGCGUCGACGACACGCUCCGAGGCCUCGAGAUGGGCGCCGUCGAGACGCUCAUCGUGUGGGAGAACCUCGACGUGACGCGCCACGUCCUGCGCGACUCGCAGGGCGCCGAGCACAUCGUGUACGUCCGUGCGCCGCCGCCCUCGGCGAGCAACAACGCCAAGGCGUCCGACGGCGGCGCGACGACCGGCAUCGCGGCCCUGAGCGAGAUCGACCGCGAGAAGUUCAUCGACAAGGCGACCGGGCUCGAGAUGGAGCAGGCGCAGGAGCCGACCAACUUGCUCGAGUGGUUCUCGGAGAAGUACAAGGAGUUUGGCGCCGAGCUCGAGUUUGUCACGAACCGCUCGCAGGAGGGCUCUCAGUUCGUCAAGGGCUUCGGCGGCAUCGGUGGCCUCCUGCGGUACAAGGUCGACUUUGCCGAGAUCGCCGACGCGCUCGAGCAGGGCGACGACGACGAGUUCUUCGACUCGGACGAGGAGUUCAUCUGAACGGCCCGUCGCUCCCUUCUGGGUCUGGCGCCGGCGCCGGCGGUGGUGCGCGACGAAGAGGUGCGGCGUGCGAGACCUCGAGGGGGCGGACUGGCUGCGCGAGGCGAGGGCGACGAGCAGGGGGUGACGGGAGAUGUCGUCGUCGUCGUUGAGCGUGGCCGAGUCAGGUCGGGCCUGAGGCUUGGUCGGUUGGCGGCGGUCCGCGAUGGUUGCGCUCUCCUCCGCACCCGUCGUCAACGUCGUUGCCCGACCCUGUCCCUGUUCCCGCCUCUUCGCCUUCCUCGCCUCGGCCCCCUCUACACUCCCUCCUUGGUCCAACGCCUUCCCCUUCUUGCCCUGUUCGCCCGUGUUGCUCCCCCUCCCCUCGCCUAGAAUCGUUGAUACCCCUUCCCUCGCUCCCUCCCUCCCUCCCUCGCCCGCACCUCUCCCCCUCUGUCUCUCGCACAACUGCAUGACCAAGCUUCAUCCUG